ACGAAAUCGAACGAGAGGACGAGAGAGAGAGCGAGAGAGACACACAUUCAAUUGUUUUUCGGAGACUGUUUGGUAGUUCAACCCGGCGUGGCUCGAGAUUAAUCGUUUCCUAGCAUCAUCCUAAAGUUUGCGGUUCGAGGCGUCGUCGAAAGCCGCAGUUCCAGCGGUCGGUCGGAGCCCCGUGAGGCCUUGCUGUCUGGUUAAAGGGAGCCCGAAGAGGACUCGUAGUGACUGGCUGGCUGCUCGCUUCUCUCCGUGAGAAUGACAAGAUGGGACUAAAGUGAAGCUUUUUGCCACCCUGCCUUUGAAGCCACCCCAACAAGUAGCUGGUCUCAGCUCAGCCUCUCCCCUUCACUUAUCUUGCCGUGACACACCUCAGCCGACAGUCAAGCUACAUAGAAGAUGGACGUCUGACAGAGGGACCAGAGGGCGACACAAGACUUUACCCACCUUCCCGCCAGAGGCCAUGGCAGCCCUCAAACGGCACCAUGACGGGAAGAUCGCCGGGCUGUACGACCUGGACAAGACGCUGGGCCGAGGACACUUCGCUGUGGUCAAACUGGCCCGACAUGUCUUCACUGGAGAAAAGGUGGCGGUGAAGGUGAUCGACAAGACCAAGCUGGACACUGUGGCGCGAGGUCACCUUUUCCAGGAGGUGCGAUGCAUGAAGCUGGUUCAGCACCCCAAUGUGGUGCGCCUGUACGAGGUCAUCGACACGGCCACCAAGCUCUACCUCAUCCUGGAGCUGGGGGACGGCGGGGACAUGUUCGACUGCAUCAUGAAGCACGAAGGAGGUCUCAGUGAGGAAGUGUCCAAAUGUUACUUCGCCCAGAUCGUACAUGCCAUCUCCUACUGCCACCGGCUGCACGUGGUUCACCGGGACCUGAAACCAGAGAACGUUGUGUUCUUCGAGAAGCAGGGCGUCGUCAAGCUCACCGACUUCGGCUUCAGCAACAGGUUUCAGCCGGGGAAGAAGCUCAACACUUCUUGCGGCUCGCUGGCGUACUCUGCUCCCGAGAUCCUGCUGGGGGACGAAUACGACGCUCCCGCUGUCGAUAUCUGGAGUCUGGGUGUGAUUCUCUUCAUGCUGGUGUGCGGUCAGCCGCCCUUCCAGGAGGCCAACGACAGCGAGACGCUCACCAUGAUCAUGGACUGCAAAUACACGGUGCCCCCGCACAUCUCCGGCGCUUGCCGAGAUCUUAUUGGCCACAUGCUCCAGCGUGACCCCAAAAAGCGAGCGACUCUGGAGGAGAUCGAGAACCACGCAUGGCUCCAAGGCGUCGACCCUUCGCCGGCCACUAAGCUGUCCACGCCGCUGGUGUCCCACCGUAGCUUGCUGGAAGAAGAGCACAGCUCCAUCAUCCAACGCAUGGUGCUGGGUGGCAUCGCGGACCGAGAUGCCAUAACUGAGGCUCUGGAGUCGAAUCAGUACAACCACAUCACAGCAACUUACUACCUGCUGGCUGAGAGGAUGCUGAGGGAGCGGCAAGAGAAGGAACAGCACAGCCAGACCCGAUCGCCCAGCCCCAGCAAGGCGCAGUUCAGGCAGUCCUGGCCCACCCGGGUGGAUGUCCACCAGGAUGUCAGCGAUGGAUUGGGGGGUCCGGCUAUGUCACACCCCGGGGGGCCCCAGUCCCCAGCCCGCAGCGCUGAGAGCCUCCACAAAGGCCCCCGACCCAAAACGGCUCUGCUGGACCUCAGUCAGAGGCAGGACAAACAGCAGUCACCCAGUCAGAACCAGGACAAGGGGCUCCGGCCUCUCUCCAAGCCCCACUCUAACCCCCUCAGACUGGGCUCUCUGACCUCAGGGGGGCCCUGUAAAACCCACAGUUGCAGCCUUUUCAGCGUGGAGGAGGACGAGGAAGAGGAGGGGGAGGACCGAUGUUCUCCCUCUACUCCUCCCGCCCAAGUGGUGCUCCGCUCUAAAGCCUCGUCGUCCCUCGCCUCGUCCCGUAAUCGGUUGACAUCCCGCAUGAGCGCUCCGGUUCUCAACCAGAUCCACGAGGAUGAGAAAGGGGAGGAUGAGGAGGAGGAGGGGGAGUUAAAAGGGCUCGGCCUGACCAAACCCAGUCUCAGCCUCAAUCUGAACUCUAGAACAGCGUCGCCCCCGUCACCUAAAAGCACGGGCUCGGCGGCGGCGCCCGUCAUCACCCUGACGCCCUCCUCGGAGACCAGCGAUGAGAACACGGAGAGUCGGCAGCCAUCGGACGCGGCGGUCGGCGAGGUCACCGAGGACGGCGAGAAAAGGGCGGCUGCCCAGGACAGCCCCUCUCACUGCGCCAGCCCCGGGUCCAAUUCGGGCCAAGGCAAGAACUCUGCCAAAGCUUCUACCGGCCUGGUGGAAAGCCUAAAAUUGAUGAGCUUAUGCUUCAGCUCGCAGUUCCACAACCUGACGGGCGGCGCGGGCGGAGGCACGCCCGGCAAUGGUCCGGCCGGCAUCGGCGGGGAUCCUCAGGAACGCCCCGUGUGGAGGAUGUGCGUGGGGGGCUCCACUGGCAGCCUAGACAAGGUCUCGCUUCUUGGGGGACCGUCGCCCCGGGGGAACCUCUACCAGCAGCCACCUCCCUUGGCGGACGCACUGGGCGACCCCCUGCUGGAAGGCUCCUGCUCAGGGACCCUGAUGCUGGGGGAGCUGGACCUGGCCCGCGGGAAUCACAGGAACAUGAAGAACCGUGCCCUGCAGAUGCCUCUGAGCGACAAGACUCUGUCGGUCAAUAUCCACCGCAGUCCUAAAGAGGGUCUGCUGUGCACCCCCACCCCUCACAGCUGCUGCCAGGUCAUCUAGGGGGGGUCGCAGUUCCACACUCCUACACUCCUUCACUCAUUGUCUUGUUUUCAUCCAGGCGUGGGCGCACAUGGUUAUGGAAAGCUGUUUGAGCACUUAUUCAAUAUCCUUGAUAUCCAGCUUAAGGUCCGUUUACUAGUAUGCCCUUUGUCCGCAUUUGUAAUACAAUUCAGCGGACUAGUGUUCUGACACAACAUGGUGUCAAUGCUCCUCAACUCACUUCAACGUAGUUCCUUGGCAUCAAGAUGGCGCCAAAACAGUACCUUAAUUGGACAUUAUAAAAUUCUGCUAGUUACUUCUAGCACUUCACUAGUAAUAUUAGUACCACAAGUAGCACGCAGUUGUCAAUUAUUGCAGUUUUGCCUCACUAGUAACAUGUAGUUGUCCUACUAGUAUGCCGAAGUUGUCCUACCAGUGUGUAGAAAUGUUAUAUGGUCCUGGGAAAAAUUUUACUAGUAAGAAAAAGCCAUCCUACUAGUGCGCUGACCUAUUAGUGCAUGGACCUUAAGAUGGAUAUCAAGGAUAUCAAAUAAAUGCUUAAACAGCUUUCUAUUCACAGUCACACUUGCCGUUUAUUUGUUUGGCGGAUCACCCAGGAGGUGAUCCAAACGCUGACCUUACACAUUCAGAGACGCUGUGGCCUGUUUUUUUUAUUUUUAAUGUUUUUAUUGUGUGUUUAUAUUAUUACUAUUAUAUAUUUUUUUAAAAGAGGCAUUAAGUGCACUAAUGUUAUGCACAAGGUUAGUACACAGUCAUUCAUGUAAUAUACGUAAACACACAAACACUGAUAUGACUUGCUGUUCAAAGGAACAUCUGGGCAGUUUUCAUCUCUUGUUACAUUUUGUUGCACUGUGCUGUUUUUAAUUUACUAAUUUUUAAAUUAUUUUUUAAAACGUUUGUUUUUUUAUUUAAAAAAAAAUAAUAAUUAUGAUGACUGAAAGCGUGCUUUCAUGAAAAUGGGGACAAAUGAAAGAGUCAAGUAGUUACGAUGGCGCACAGUAUUUGGUAGUCCAUCACUUUUAUUUUUCUAACUGGAGUGUCCGCUCUGCUAUGUAAAAAAGAGAGAAAAACUAGCCUACACAAGCCAGUGUGCAGCAGACAUAGUGUACAUAUGUGAAUAAGACUCCUAAGCACUUCAUAGUGUUGACGCAUCACCGUAGAAAGCACCAUUACUCCUCUCUUCCUGCUGGAUUAUUUAAGAUCUGACAACUUGAAGUGACUCAGACUGGAAGCAAAACAAACAAAAAGACAUUACACACAUGUACAUACCUGUACAUGUGCCAAAAUGGCAGCUUUUUAUCUUAACAUUCAAAAGGGAAUUAAGUGUGUGGAAGUGAACCUGCGUGCAUCCAGAUGUUUUACCGUAAUCGCGGUAGCCGCUGUUGUAGCCUCAUUCCAAAAACAACCCUAAUUGGGACGGAGGAGGGGGUCUCCUCUUAUAGCUCAUGACAACAGUUUCCCCCUGACCCACAUCAAGCAUCGCUAUGUGUAAUUGGACGUGUGACUUACCCCUGGUGGAAUAUAUAUCUUGACAGUGCAUGUGUUAUUGCUGUAGCAACCUACAAUCCACCUGUAGUGUGUGUGUGUGUGUGUGUUUUUAUGUACGCG